GAUUGCAUGACUUGUGUGACGGAAGGGAGGCUGACAUCGUCACGGACCAAGGCCGGGGCAGCAGACCUGGGAUUGUGGGGCCCUGUCCAGAGUGGGCUUUGCAGAGCUACAUGUGCCUCGCAACCGUCUCCCUAGGCACGACGUUGUGCCUACCCCUCACCUCAGUUCACGUCACGGAUCCUCGAUUAUAACACCCCUUCGCACUUUUAACGCGGAUAUAACCCUAUCUCAUGUGCGAUGAAACGCAGAUUUUCCCCCACCCCUUGGGUUCUGCGAGGUUCGUCCACCCUCAUGCACAUUGUCGCAAAAUUUAUCGGCUCUCCAUUGCAUUGUUCAAAACAUUGCUGGGUCGUGACCGUGUCAGCAGCGUUGUGAAGGCUCAAAAAUCCUCGCUGUCUUUGGUAUCCAUUCAACCGAUUCUGAGCCCCAUAGAUCCACCUGAAUGCGCUCUCUGUCUGUGUGUCUGUCUGUCUCUCUCGUUCAACGCUUCGAAACUCGACUUAUAUUCGUAUCAUUGCAUCUCACGUUCGGUGGAAACCCUCUCCUCCGGUACAUUCGAUGAAUUCGGAGUCUACAUUUCGCUGUUCUAGCACCACGAGCCCCUCGAGAUUGUACAAUAAUUUCAACCUCAGUGCUAAAGCGCAAGCAAUCGACAUUGUCCGGACGAGUGGAUUGUUGUCGUUGACGUAAGAGACACCCAACCAGACUUUGAGGGAGUACUUCUCGAAGUAACCCCAGCUGUACGCAAUUCUGCUUUGAUGUUGAUCUCCGGAGAGUUUUCGACUCUCAGAUUCUAGCAUCGGCCUUCGAGACCACAAUACUAUGCCUGGCUUGUUUUUCCGAAGGGUUUCAUGUUGUCUUCAUAACCAGCUCCAGCGGAGGAGAGGAGUUGCAACAGGAGGGGAUUGUUUGCAUCUGAGGUUCUAAACACGAAUUUCAGCUCCUCUCGUGACGCUAGUGAUGAUUUGGGGCACCAUUUGCUUGAGUGAUGCAGUCGUCGUGCGCGAAGGAACCUGUGAAUUGCUGGUCGGUGUCAUCUGCGUUGGAUAUGGAGAAGAUAAAGAAUCUAAACCAAUGUUAGGGUCUCUUGUCAGCGCAGAAAAGAUCAACCUUUCACUGAGGAGUUGUAACCUCUCGAAGCGCUCAAGGUAUGGAUAGGCCAAAUCAAGCGAUGCUCUUGUUUACGAUGCUGCUGGUCUUGGGACCAUGCAGUGUGGUUGGACUCAGAAGCGACAUGGCUGCUCUCCUGGCAUUCAAAAAGGGGAUAGUCAUCGAAACUCCAGGGCUGUUGGCGGAUUGGGUGGAGUCGGAUACCUCUCCCUGCAAGUGGUUCGGCGUGCAGUGUAAUCUAUACAACGAAGUUGUUCAGCUCUCUCUACCGAAUGUCGUCAGGGCUGGAACCAUAUCUGCACAGCUCUUCACCAUCUCUUCCUUGCAGCACCUAGACCUAAACUCUAACCAACUAACAGGCUCAUUGCCUCUCUCUUUCUUUAGCCUUGUCAAUUUAGAUUAUAUCGACUUAAGCUAUAACGCCAUCUCAGGUUCCCUUCCUCCUGAGAUACACAACCUGAAGAAGCUUCGGGUGUUAAAUCUGAGCAGCAACUCAUUCUCUGGUUUCAUUCCUCAACAGAUUGGUGGUUUGGUUUCCCUUGACCACCUCGACCUCAGCACCAACUCUUUCUCUAAUGUUGUUCCUCCUCAAGUUGCAGACCUUGUGAACCUGCAGUACCUGGAUCUUAGCAGCAACGCUCUCUCAGGGGAGAUUCCAGCCAUGUCGUCUUUAUCAAAGCUUCAGCGCCUUGAUGUUAGUGGGAAUCUGUUCGCUGGUUAUAUUUCCCCCUUGCUGUCCAGUCUGUCCAACUUAUCUUACGUAGACUUGAGUAACAAUUCCCUCACCGGCACCAUUCCUAUUGAAAUAUGGAACAUGAGAUCGUUGGUUGAGCUGGACCUUGGAGCUAACCCUCUAACGGGGAGCCUUCCGAAGGAGAUUGGGAACUUGGUCAAUUUGCGCAGCAUAUUCUUGGGCUCUAGCAAACUCACAGGAACCAUUCCUUCAGAAAUUUCGUUGCUGGUUAACUUACAGAAGCUUGAUCUAGGCGGGAGCACGUUGUCUGGGCCCAUACCCGACUCCAUUGGAAACUUGAAGAAUUUGGUGACAUUGAACCUGCCGAGCGCUGGCUUGAAUGGCUCCAUUCCUGCAUCUCUGGGCGGUUGCCAAAAACUUCAGGUUAUUGAUCUUGCCUUCAACUCACUAACUGGCCCAAUUCCUGACGAGCUUGCUGCUCUUGAGAAUGUCCUCUCUAUUUCACUGGAGGGAAACCAGCUGACCGGUCCUCUACCAGCAUGGUUCAGCAACUGGAGAAACGUCUCCUCUCUUCUUCUGGGAACAAACCGCUUUACUGGAACCAUCCCUCCUCAGCUUGGAAAUUGCCCAAACCUGAAGAACCUUGCUCUGGACAACAACCUCUUGUCAGGUCCUAUCCCUGCCGAGCUUUGCAAUGCUCCUGUGUUGGAGAGCAUCUCAUUGAAUGUCAACAACUUAAAGGGGGAUAUCACCAGCACUUUUGCGGCUUGCAAAACUGUACAAGAAAUCGACGUGAGCUCAAACCAGCUGUCUGGGCCAAUACCCACGUAUUUUGCUGCUCUUCCCGAUUUGAUCAUACUCUCGUUGACUGGGAACUUGUUCUCUGGUAAUUUGCCCGAUCAGCUAUGGAGCUCAACGACACUGCUUCAAAUUCAAGUGGGGUCCAACAAUCUCACUGGGACCCUCUCUGCGUUGGUUGGACAGCUCAUCUCUCUCCAAUUUUUAGUCCUGGAUAAGAACGGAUUCGUGGGGCCUAUCCCCCCAGAAAUCGGACAAUUAUCCAACCUGACCGUCUUCUCUGCACAAGGCAACCGAUUCAGCGGAAAUAUUCCUGUUGAAAUUUGCAAGUGCGCCCAGCUGACGACUCUCAACCUUGGCAGCAACGCAUUAACCGGCAACAUCCCACACCAGAUCGGGGAGCUUGUCAAUCUUGACUACCUGGUUCUGUCGCACAACCAGCUCACAGGCAACAUUCCCGUCGAGCUUUGUGAUGAUUUUCAGGUGGUUCCCAUGCCCACUUCCGCUUUUGUUCAACAUCACGGCACGUUGGACCUCUCAUGGAACAAGCUCAACGGAAGCAUCCCACCCGCUCUCGCUCAGUGUCAAAUGCUCGUGGAGCUGCUCUUGGCGGGUAACCAGUUUACAGGGACCAUACCUGCAGUGUUUUCUGGGCUCACGAAUCUCACAACUUUAGAUCUCUCAAGCAAUUUUCUCAGCGGCACCAUUCCACCCCAGUUGGGCGAUUCUCAAACCAUCCAGGGACUGAAUUUGGCCUUCAACAAUCUCACAGGCCACAUCCCUGAAGACCUCGGCAACAUUGCCAGCCUUGUGAAACUAAAUCUAACAGGAAACAACCUCACUGGGCCGAUCCCUGCAACCAUCGGUAACUUGACGGGCAUGUCUCACUUGGACGUGAGUGGUAACCAGCUCAGUGGCGACAUACCGGCAGCUUUGGCUAAUCUCGUGUCAAUCGUGGGCUUGAACGUGGCGAGAAAUCGUUUGACAGGCAGCAUUGCCGGGCUGCUAUCGGAGAGCACAGUGUGGCACCAAGUACAAUAUCUGAAUCUGAGCUUCAACACUUUAUCAGGAUCUCUACCUGUUGAAAUUGGAAACCUAACGGGUUUAUCCAUCCUUGAUCUUCGAGAGAAUGCUUUCACAGGGCACAUUCCGGGCGCUGUCUCGGGGUUGACACAGCUGAGCUACUUGGACCUCUCAUAUAACCAGCUGGUGGGGUUAUUUCCUGCUGAGCUUUGCACACUGAAGGAGAUUAAGUUUCUCAAUAUGUCGUAUAAUCAGAUUGGAGGGCUCGUUCCGCACACUGGCAGUUGCAUAAACUUUACGGCAUCAUCCUUCAUUUCAAAUGCGAGGAGCAUUUGUGGAGAAGUGGUGAGAACGGAGUGUCCAGCAGAGAUCCGACACGCGAAAUCAUCAGGAGGACUAAGCACAGGAGCCAUUCUGGGACUCACAAUUGGCUGCACCAUAACUUUCUUGAGUGUGGUUUUUGUGUUCCUGAGGUGGCGUCUGCUCAAACAAGAAGCCAUCGCGAAGACGAAGGAUCUGGAGAGAAUGAAGCUGACUAUGGUCAUGGAGGCUGGGGCGUGCAUGGUAAUUCCAAAGUCGAAGGAGCCUCUGAGCAUCAAUGUGGCCAUGUUCGAGCAGCCUCUGCUGCGCCUCACAUUAGCCGAUAUUCUCCUCGCGACGAACAACUUCUGCAAGACGAACAUCAUCGGUGACGGAGGCUUUGGCACAGUGUACAAAGCAGUUUUGCCAGACACCAAGAGGAUCGUUGCCAUUAAGAAACUGGGUGCGUCUCGUAGCCAAGGCAACCGGGAGUUUCUUGCGGAGAUGGAGACAUUGGGCAAAGUGAAGCAUAGAAACUUGGUACCAUUGCUCGGGUACUGCUCUUUCGGAGAGGAGAAGCUGCUUGUGUACGAGUACAUGGUGAAUGGAAGCCUAGACCUAUAUCUUCGAAACAGAGCUGAUGCGGUUGAGCAUCUUGACUGGGCCAAGCGUUUUAAGAUAGCCAUGGGCUCAGCGAGAGGUUUGAACUUCCUUCACCACGGCUUCAUUCCGCACAUUAUUCACAGAGACAUCAAAGCGAGCAACGUUCUUCUCGACGCCGACUUUGAGCCCCGAGUUGCAGACUUUGGCCUCGCAAGGUUGAUUAGUGCUUACGAGACCCAUGUGAGCACGAGUCUGGCAGGCACCUGUGGGUACAUUCCUCCAGAAUACGGGCAGAGUUGGCGGUCCACCACGCGAGGAGAUGUAUACAGUUACGGAGUGAUACUUCUGGAGCUACUCACUGGGAAGGAACCCACUGGGUCUGAUGUUAAGGAUUACCAUGAGGGCGGCAACUUGGUGCAAUGGGCUCGGCAGAUGAUCAAAGCUGGAAACGCAGCCGAUGUGUUGGAUCCCAUUGUGUCAGAUGGGCCGUGGAAGUGCAAAAUGCUCAAAGUGUUGCAUAUUGCGAACAUGUGCACUGCGGAGGAUCCUGUCAAGCGGCCCAGCAUGCUGCAAGUGGUGAAACUCUUAAAGGACGUCGAGAUGUCAUCACAGCUUUCUACACACGACGAUGCUCAGUAAUCGGCAAGUGAUGCAGAUAAAUCCACUCAUGCCCAGUUCAAGCUCGUCGUGACACCCUACGCUGAUCUCAAACUCACAUCGAUGUUGUUUACACGACAGGCAUUUAAAGACCUCACAGGGUGGGGGAACCUCAACUCGAAUUUCUUCAGCAACAGACCAGACUCGCGAAUCUCAAACUCCAUGUCACUAAUUAGGUAGGAUGUAAACCAUUCUUAAGGUUAGUUCAAGGCAACCUUGCACUCCUCUUCAUUACUAUAACACAGCCCAUUCCCCGAGCAAUGUAUCAUACAUAGUAGAAUAUUCUAGAUAGUUAGUUAGCUAGUUGUCGAAGCUUCAUCCGAUUGCUUGUCAACAUUCUUGCGCUGCUCAUCGUUACCAUGGUGUUGAGGAGUCAGUCCCACCGACACCCACAUUCUUGCCUUAUCUUAGUCCAGUUCUUGUGGCACUAUUGCAGCUACUGUGUCUCCUUUGUCUGCACACUACAAAAUUCCACAUUAGCAUUAUUGAUAUCACCCAUGUGAGUCAAUUUGCAUGAUGUUCAAAUUCACCUUGAAUGCCUCGCACUUUUAUCAUGUUUCAACUU